UGGCGGACGGCGUGUGGAAGCUAGCUCAGCUCUCACGUCUCCAUGAACCUGUUAGCUGUUUGUUUUGUGACCGGAAUUUCCCUCGGGAUGUUAUUGCGUUUCGAGUGUUUUAUAGUGUCGCGUCUUUUUUCAAGAGCCAUUUUGUGUUUUCGUGCUGUUUUGUGAGGUGAAAAGACGCAAAGACAUUGCCUAGCAUGUUCCACAUUCUAGGAGCUUGUGUGACGUUGACGGUGUAAGGCGAGGAAUUCCUGGAAGUGUGCGGUUCUCACCAACCUAUGUGCAAAGCCUAGUGAACUGGAUUAACUAGUUGUGCAUACCUAGAAAAACUCACCACGUCGCGCAUCUCAUGGUGCAUUGACAGCCAGUUGUUUUCCGACUUUCGUGACGCUGCGUUUUCCGCGGCGCUUCGUCCUGCAGCCCGACUUGAGAGAUGAGCGGGUGUUAGCCAUGACGCCCUCGGCCACGAGACCGCCGGGCCGCCCCCCGGCCGGCCGGAGCCACGGCAGCCACGGCAGCCACGGGAGUGCGGCCUGGAGGGCGCGGGCGCCGCUGCUCUCCUCUCUGCGCUCCCUGCCCCAGCUCCCCGUCCACCUGGUGGUGGGGCUGUCCCUGCUGCUCUUCGUGCAGCAGCUCGCCGCCCAAUCCACCUGUGGACCGGGCCUGUCCACACCUGGAGAGACAAUACCAAAGGGAGAUAUCAUCCUCCAGGAAGGAGAAUUGCUGGAAUUGUACUGUGUGCUGAACUUGACACAUUCAUCUACCAAAGGAAGAAAUGCGACCCACCUCAGGUUCUAUCGGCAGAAUAUGUCUGUGAGCCCAGAGUAUCUGCAGGUGAUCAAUGAGACGACACUCAAACUGUCUAUGCGGCCUAAUGUAUCCAGCUACAUGUACUACUGCAAACUGUCACAGUAUAAGACAGCGCAGGAGGAGGUAGUCUGUCUCAAUAAAGUGUCAGUGGGAUAUCCACCUCUGGAUGUCAAGGACUUCAAUUGUGUAUCUCAAAAUUGGCAAAACUUGACCUGCAGCUGGGAGAAGAAACCCAAUCCCGUGAAAACGAGGUAUACAAUUUGGUACCGAUUGCCUGGAAGAGCAGGAGGAAGGACUAAGUAUGCGUGUCCAGACGACUCUGAUUUACAGAGAGAUAUGUGUCAAUGGGCUGAGAAUUCCAACCCUCAAUACAGACUACCAUACGAGUCAUACCUUUUCAUGAUUGAAGGUGUCAAUCACUUAAACAAUGCAACUUAUCUCCACAAAUUCAACCAUUAUGCAAAUGUCAUCCCUGGAAAGCCUGAGAAUUUGAAAGUGAUUAACAAAACAGCAUACAGUGCACACUUGGAAUGGUCUCUUCCGUAUCCUAUGCCAAACUUCCCACCUGGGCUUGUUCAGAGGAUUGAAUAUUUACCUCAGUGGGAGUCGCGGGAGUCAUGGCAUAGGGUUGACACAGGAAAACUUGACACCAAUGACAACCAACUUAACAUUACUUCUCUGAAGUAUGCAAACACACUUUAUGACAUCCGGGUUUAUCUUAAAUCUGCCAAGGCAAAUCCUUAUGAUGACAAGCUGUGGUCUGCUCCUGCUGCUAUAACUGUUAAGACUAAGCCAGAUUUACCUGGUGCACCGCCAAGAACAGACAUUGGUAGCUUUGAAGUGUACAAUCAUGUUGACAGUAGAGAUGUGUUCAUUUACUGGCAAACCAUUCCGGAUUUCCUCCAGAAUGGAGAUGACUUUGGUUACAGAAUUGUUGAUGUUGAAGAAAAUGGUGAUGUGUCCAAAAAGUGGGCAACAGAACUCACUAAGAAACAUGCCAGGCUCUCAAAAGUAGAUCUCAACAAAAGCUUGCACUUCCGCAUUUUUUCUGUUAAUAAACUGGGACAGUCCGUCAACAGCAGUAAAAUUAUCAUACCCGAGCGUCAGCAAGUACCCCCAGGGCCUCUUUCAGUAACCAAAGUCUUCUAUGAGAAUGGUACUUAUGAACUGUCAUGGAAGCCUCCUACGACAGAGCAGAACAUUCACAGCUAUACUAUAUUUUGGUGUGAUAGUAUUUAUGACCACAUGUGCUCUGGAUAUCUCAAUUGGACUCACGUGCCAAGCAACAUCACAAUGAAGAAUAUGACCGUGGAAGAUGACAAGUCGUAUCAGUUUGCUGUGUCUGCUAACACUUACAAUGCCAGCAGUGGUAUGGUCUGGGCCUCUUGUACAAUCCUUUAUAACAAACCUAUCCAGAAGAUGAAAAAUGUUUGGGUUAAGAGAGUUGGGUCCACAUUCAUGGAGUUGGUAUGGAACCUGGAUUGUUUGGACCGUAAUGGACUUGUUACUGGUUUCAAUGUUUACUAUUGCCCAGCUUUGCACAAAGGAACAGAGUGCAAGACUCCCAACCAAAAUGUGACUGUCAUGGAUCCACAGCAAAGCUUCACAAACCUUACAGGAUUAAGACCAUACACAACAUAUUCCAUUGCUAUUGCCGUGAUCAGCAGUGGUGGCGAGAGUUUGCCAAGUGAUCCGCUUCUUAAUGUCACUCUUGAAGCAGCCCCCUCUCCACCUCAGAAUGUUUCUAUUGUCAACAUUACGAAUACAACUGUCACCAUCACAUGGAACGUCCCAGAGGAAAAGAAUGGUGUCAUCACAAAGUAUGAAGUGCACUAUGAUGGCAAGGUCAUCACCAAGAAUAAUGACAACCAGAAAAAGCAGGAGCUUGUUUUGGAGAACCUCACAAGUUACUACAACUACAGUAUAAGCGUGGCUGCCUGCACAUUUGUGUGUUCUGACAUGUCUCCACCACUUCUUGCCGAAACAAAGAUAGGAGAACCUGGUAUUGUGAAUGCUCCCAAUGUUCAAUUCUUGAACCAGUCUCUCCUUUUGGUUACGUGGGAUCACCCUGCUCGUCCUUCUGGCCUUCUGGACUAUUAUGAAGUUAACAUUACUCACCCAGGUGGAGAUAACACUAGCAGUGAGAUUCGAGAGACUCUGAACACUUCAGUGCAGGUACGCAUUGAUGGGUGCAGUGAACGGCUGAAUGAGCCUUAUUCCUUCACCGUACGCGCUGUGAAUGUAGACCCCAACAACCCUCGCAACAAGUACAGGGGGAAAUGGAGUAGUCCUGGUGAAGGAAGCUGUUACACGAAUGAUCUUCCUCAAGUCCUGAAGAUAACCAUUUAUGUACUUAUGAUAUCGGUGUGUAUGGUGAUCAGUUGCAUUCUCAUUUGUUUGGGUCGGCGGCUGUGGUACAAAUGCAAGGAUAUGCGUGAUGUGGAAGUCAAGUUACCCCCUGGCAUUGUCCUUCCCCUGGAACCGGAACGAGAUCAGGAUUUCAAGAUGCAUCCGUGGGGCAAUCACAACCAUGACAGCAAACCACCUCAUGGUCUCUGCCCAGCAGCUGAUGAAGAGCGCCUUCUCCAGCAAAAGGAUGAUCACCACCAUGACCGGAAUUUAAGCGGUGACAGCAGUGGUUGCAGUUCGGGGCAUGAGAGUGUCUCUUCUUCUGCCACGUCUGGCACUCACAUCUCUUCGGACUCUGGAACUGAAGUUGACAGGAACGAGCCGGGCUUUGGCGACCCGUCCUGGGAGGCGGCCUCGGACUCCGGCUCCAUGGGCCACGGCGGCCACGGCGGCCAGCGCCAGGGCCAGGUGGCCAAGUGCCCCAUCUGGGACGAGCCCUACCCGUGCGGCAACUCGGGCGGCAGCAACUCCGGCUCCAGCAAGGGCGCUGCGAGCGUGAGCGUUGCCCACGCCGGCAAGAGCGACGUCCGCAGCACGCCCAACCUGACGGAGCUGGAGCCGGGGUACACUGUGCUGAGCCUCACCAGCUGGCCCUCGUCCGCCAGCAUCCCGGAGCGCGUCGACAAGAAGGUGCCGCAGUCGUGCGGCUACGUGCCGCUGGAGACGGCGCAGGCCCUGCCCAUGCCCACCAUGGUCCCGGUGCCCGCGCCGGCCGGGCUGCCCGAGCAGGCCAAGCAAGCCAAGCAGGCCAUGGGGCAGAGCAACGGCUACGUGGCGCACCCGCCCACGUCGCUGAUGUGGGCGCCGCAGCCCCAGCCGGUCACCCCCACCGCCAAGGGGUACGUCAAGACGGGCACGGGGGCGGCGCCGGCGAGCGUGGCCCCCGCCUCCUCCAAGGAGGCCUUCACGCCCGAGUGCGAGGGCAGCUGGGAGGAGCCCUUCCAGCGGCUGGGGCAGCAGCAGCAGCAGGCCGGCGGCUACGUCAAGGCCGGCGUCCAGGAGUGUGUGGGGAUGAGGCCUAGUCGGACAGAACCUGCCCUGAGCGCGAACGCGGCGAACGCGGCGAACGCGGGGGGCUACGUGGUGACGGGGACGGCGGGCGCGGCCGUGCCGAGGCACAAGCCCCACAAGGCGCCGCCCGCCACGGCCUCGCCGGGCGCGCAGACGGCGCCCACGCCGCAGACGGUGGACAUGCUGAAGCAGGCGCAGGCCGGCGUGGCGCCGCACGAGUACGUGCUGACGGGGGAGCGCGAGGUGGCGAGGAACGCCCCAAACGCCCCGCUCGUGGUGCUGGACCCCGUGCCGCCCAAGGCGUACUGCCGGGUGAGCGACAGAGACAGAGACUCGGUGGCCGUCACUCGGCCGGUGCCCAAGGCCCUGCCCGUGGCCAUGCCCGUGGUGAUGGCGGCGUCCUCGGGGUACGUGCCGCAUAGACAUCUGGAGGCGCAUAGCGCCAAGGCGCCCAGUGUGGUGGAGUAGUUAGUCUGUGAUUCUAGUGCCGCGACCGCCAUGCCGCCGUGGACUAACUUGUUGGCCCAGUCCGUGUCGUUCGACUGGUUUGUGAUCUGUGAUUUCAAGUGAGUGGUGACGUGCCCCUGCUGCCUCCUCCCUCCUCCUCCGCGCUGCCUGUUUUGCUCCUUCUAUUGUUUACCUGCUGUGCACUUUGCGCUCUAAGAAAUUCCUGCAACGCUGAACUGGCUGUACUGUAUCAUCGAGCUCAUACGACUAUUGCUAAAAGGCCAGACCUGCUUUGAAGCUCAUUCCUAGUUCCUGAUAUGCACCACUUACGUGUAUAAAAUGUUAUUGAUGUAAGUAAAUGUUUCUGUUGAUACUGUAUGUCUUUAUGUAACACAAUUGUAUAAAUUUAAUGUAACCGUUACUAAUUGUGAUGUUAUAGUGCCACAUGUUCUGAGGAUUGAAAUGAGCAGUAUCAGUGAGGAUCAGUUCAUAUCCACGAACCGGUUUUUAUUUAUACCAGUGAUAAGUGUACAUUUUUAAUUUAUAAUUUAACGGAUCUGUACCUGAAACUUUUACAGAUAAUUUUUAGUUUAAGGAACUAUUGGUACUCCCAGACGAUUUUAGAUGUUAUUUGUUUGUUUUGUACACAGCUAUUGUAUGUGAGGUUGUUUUGCAAUUUUGUACAUUUAUUUUUUUGACUGCAAAAGUAUGUGCCAUUUUCUGUUGCUAUUGUUCAUGCAAGUAAGUCCAUUAGUUCCUUCCAGUCAUUUUGUUUUCUUUUGUGAAGAAAUGAAUCUCAUCUUUGCAUGUGUGAAAAUUUAUGGCCAAUUAGGGUGUUGUGUAGCUUCUUUCCUCUUUGGCAUUACUGCUGAAGCAAUUUCAAGCAUGGUGCUACUUGACUUAGAGAUACAACAUUCUAUCAAGGUUUUCAGAUUAGAAAAAUGAAAACUUUCAAAUUAUGCAUAGUUCUGUCUUAUAAACCCAUAUGAGUGUUGCUUGUUUUAAUCAACUGUAUUGUGCUUUACAGUGUUGUGCUUAUUAAGUGUUGUCCCCAGUUUUCAAUGUAAAUUUACUUUUUACAGUUUUAUGAGCUGAUUCUGUUAGGGGUCAGUCUGUUUAAUUUCACAUUCAAAUGUACCAUGCACCACCCUGUACAUUGAAUAUUUACAUGGGUCUUUGAUUAGGUCUUAGGAUUACAUCAGUCAAAUUUAGGUGUGCAUUUUCUUUGACUUCUAAAUGUUAAAUGUUCUCUAUCUUUUAUAUAAACAAAUUUAUUCCAAAAGACAAAUCUAUGACUAUACCAGUCUUUUAUGAGGUGGCGUUUUGUGGAUAAAGUUUAAAAAAUAUAUUUACCAAACUGUAUUUUAUGUCAAUUUGGAAUUCUCCUCUCUUGUGUAUUGGACCACUAUUGUUUGCUCAUAUGUAGAUUGCUCGUAAAUUUUCUUCAUAUAUUCAGACCUCUUUAAGUGUAUUGUGUGUUAAAUGUUGUGAUUGGUCAGUGUGUGAUUCUAGAAUGGGAUCCAAAAGUUUUUAUGGGUAUUAUAGGGUAAUUCUCAAAUUUUCAUUGUGAUCUCUCUGAGCUAUUUUUUCUGUUCUUUAAAUGUAUAUUUUUAAAUAAAUAUUCCAAAUUUAACUUGUAAUGGGGUUUCCAUAUUCUUAAUGGUCAUUGAGACUAAGCCUAAAUUAUGUUUCAUGUCACUUGAUGGUUUUCAAACUCUCUUUACUUAAUUAACUUUGAAGUCACAUUCUUUAUAAAUGUUUACCUCUUUGCACCGUCCUUCACUUUCUAGACCAUUUGCUAGCCCUCUUUGACAUUAAUAAGGGUUCAGCAGUAUUACUGGCUAUGUCUCUUUUCAAAGAUUUAAGAGCAUUUGUUUUGACCCAGUGAUCAGAAUUAUGGAUGUAUGCAAUUUUGUCUUGAAGACAAAGUGUAACUUUUAGAGUUGGAUUCUUAAAUUUAUCACAAUAGUUGUCCAAUACCUCUGUUUCAUGUAAUUCUAUGUGCUGUUUAUGUUAAAUGUAAACUAGGCAUGAUAUAUCAAUAUGUGGUCUUAGCACAUUCAAAUUGGUAGGGUUCUUUAAUGUUCCAUUAAUUUUACUUUGUCUCAACAUUCAUCUUAAAAGAUAUCUCUUUCAUCUGGAUAACUUUUGUUUUGUGAAUUGUGUACUUGCACUAUGACACAGUGCCCAUGAUUACUCAUGCUGAAAAUAGAUUCAAUUAUAUGCAAAGUCUUGCUCUUGUUGGGGUUUGUUUGGGCACCCCAAGUCUUAAAGUUUUGAAUGAAGAUAUUAAAUUUUUAUGGUAUUUAUGUGAUAUGUGACAUUGUUCUGGAUUUACUUACAAUGAAGGAAGGAGUCCUAUUGUGAACGUACUGCAAACAUAAAUGUUUAUAAAUAGGCAAUUUAUUUUCUGUUCCUGUUGAAUUGCAGAUAAUGUAUCUAAUUGUCAGGCUACUUCCACAAAUAGUCCUGUUUUGUUAUAUCUUGUGAGUUGUUUUUGUUUUUAAUAUGUUUGUAUUUCACGUUCAUUAAUUUUUUUCAUUUAAUGUGUUGUGGAGAAUUGUGUUACAAGUCAAGCUGUGCCGUUUUAUCGUGACCAAAUGCUGUGAUGUCACAGUGUUUGUGUGGAUUAAAUAUUUUCAUUGGGACAGGCACCCAGUCCUGGGCCUCUAUCCUAAUGACAAACAUUUAAGUAGACCAGCUGAUAUUAAUUUGCCGACUGAUUAAUGUAAAACUCUACAGGUGUCCUAUGUGUGUUUCUUGGUUCGGCCAAAAUAUGUUAUAGUUAAUUGAAAUGAUAAAUGUUUAAAGUUGUGGAAGGAGCCAGGACCAAUGAUAUGCAUGUGUAAAAUAACUCAUGUACAUAAGUGUAUAAAAUUAAAAUAAAUAAAUUCUAUCAA